UAAAUGAAAACACACUGUAGGGAUGAAGCUUGAACGCCUCCUCUUCAUUAUUACAGUCACUAUUGCAAGACAGGCAAUGUUAUAGGAGGAAACUUCAUUGUAGAGCCAUGAUUAAAGCAUAUUGUCAUCCCCUAUAGCCUGAUGCCUCCUCCUGCAUGUCAUCAAAAUUUAAUAUUUACACAGUGGGAACAAUAUAGCAACCUCUUAGUAGUUUCCAGCUCCUAUUCGUGGGGACAUGGUGUUUACACCACGGCUGCUCCUCACAGACUAGCCUUUCAGACUUUUUUCCAAAUCUAAUAUACCCAUCCAUAAAUAGCUCACCUUUCGAGCCCAUAUGUGGCGUGAGUGACGCGGAACCGGAGCCAAUCCCGCUCUGUGGAUGCCUCUCUCCCCGCCUCUCCACGCUCCACCUCCGCUCUAAUCACUCCUCAACCGCCCAUUUGCCUUAAAUGGACAAACAGGGGGAGUUGAUUGACAAUCCGAACGACGCCCCUUCGUUUACCAAGCCCCUCCCCUCCUCUGGCUCCCCCAUCAGUAUCUAUUUUGGCAACACGCGUCCACGCAUGGAGCCUCCAUCACCUCCUCCAGUCUCUUUUACGCACCGAGUCCGAUAAUGCGCGCAGGUGCAGGGAGCCUCUCACCGCCACAUUUGCAGCCGCCACACUGAGACACGAACCUCCUCAUGGACUAAUAUGAAAGACGUGGAUGUAGAGGUGUGACACAGCCGAAGAACAGGAGAGAUUUAUUUUUUUUCUGAGUGGAUCAUUCUUGUUUUCCAGAUCACCGCGCGUCAGCAUGGAUGUCUUGGCGAACCACAGUAUCUUUCAGGAACUUCAGCUCGUCCACGACACCGGCUACUUCUCUGCCAUGCCGUCGCUGGAGGAGAACUGGCAGCAGACUUGCCUAGAAUUGGAGCGCUAUUUGCAGACAGAGCCCAAGCGUCUUUCUGAACUCUUUGACCAAGACCUGGAUGGCCUCCUCACCCCGGCCUAUCUAAAGGAGGAUGUCGAGGAAGAGCUGACGGAUUCUCUGCUCCCCAGCCUGCCCAGCCUCCCUGAGCCUCCAAGUGCACCUCCAGCCAUCCUCUGCUCGACACGGAAGAACUUCCCUUCCUCUGGCGCAACGAAAAGGGACCUAAAACCCAAAAGCCAGGGCCUGGAAAACGUAGAAGCAGUGGAGGGAGUCCAUCAAGCCCAGCUGAGCGCCGUCACCUCCCUGACACCGCCGUCAUCACCGGAGCUGGGCCGUCACCUCGUGAAACCCAACCAGACGCUGACGGCCUCAGCCGAUGGCACGCUCACUCUGAAGCUGGUGGCCAGGAAGGUCGGGCUCAGUGCGGCCCGGUUGGUGGCGGCGCACACCCUCCCGGCUGGCAUGAAGGACGAAGAGGAGGGGGCUGCGUGUGUGAUCGGGGUCGGGGAGCUGCCGGAGAACAAGAAGAGGAUUCAUCGCUGUCAGUUCAAUGGCUGCAGGAAGGUAUACACCAAGAGCUCCCACCUGAAGGCUCAUCAGAGGACGCACACAGGUGAAAAACCGUACAAGUGCUCGUGGGAGGGCUGCGAGUGGCGAUUCGCCCGGAGCGACGAGCUGACAAGGCACUACCGCAAACACACCGGCGCCAAGCCUUUUAAGUGCAACCACUGUGACAGGUGUUUCUCACGGUCGGAUCACUUGGCGCUGCACAUGAAGAGGCACAUCUGAGGGAUUUGGGAGAGGUCAGCGGGAGAAGAAGAAGAGGACGGAGGCGAAGAAGACGAGAGAAGGGGACAGACGACGGGAAAAAUAACACCAUGGAUGUGAAAGAGACCGAGAAAGACAGAGGGGCGGACUCAAAAGACGGCAGAUUUUUGACUUUCGGGACUUGAGGGGGAGGCACCACACGGGGGGACACUGACUACAGACAGAAACGCACUCAGGCAGGUGGGCGAGCGGAACCUAAGUGGGUCUGUAAAUCUGUGCUCAGCCAGCUGGUCCAUGAUUCCACUCUGACACAUCAUCAGCCUGCAGUUUGGCAGCUCUUUGUUUUUUUUUGUAAAGCUUAAACUCAUCUUAAAAUGUGCCAGGCAAGACCACAGGCGGCAAACUGGACCAGUUGUACAGUGAAUUCCGGGCCUUGGUCGUGUUCCACAUUCUGUAUCUGUUCAUAUUCACACCAGGAUCACUCUAGCAUACUCUAGUCUUAGAUUUAGUCCCCGUCAUGGGGAUUUCUCACCAGGAUUUCACCCACACUUCUUCGUCAUCUUGUUGCUGACAACUGGACUAGAAAGUGUCGCGCUACAGGAAGCAUGUUGGUAACAUAAGGACACAAACUGUAGGUGCGCUCGCCAACGUCGACAUGAAUGUGACGUAAUUAACAUCGCGCCUUAGCGUCCACACUGCAGAACACUUGUUUAUAUAUUGGAUUUCCUCAUCCCAGAAGCUGAGGAGAACACACCGUUUCCACGGGAUGAAACGCCACAGCAGCUGGUUUCCACUCCGUCAAGGUUGCCGUCGCCUUUUCACGCCACCGAAGGCUUCGUCAUCAUCAUUACAUAUAGGACAGAUAAUAAUUUGACAGAUUUUCAUCUCACCUCUGUCACAUCUGCCAAAUGGAUCCAUUUAUAAAUCCACUUGGUGCGAGCACACUUUUGAACGGAGCGCUGGAUUCCCGAGGAUUUGAAGCCGGGGGGAGGGGGGGAGACUGAUGGAGGUCGUGUCUGGGCCUGGCUCGCUUUCUAAGCAUCAUCAGCAGCGGCUACCACUGAAUGAGGCUAACUGAUUCACUCUGGGAACAGACCGCUCCCCUCUGAGAGUGUCAGCCGAACAGACGCUUCAUGGCCCCUCAGAGUGUUUUUCCCCUCUUUUCAGAAACUGUUGCACAAUUGACUCUUUGCAAACUUUUUUGUUAAAAAAAAAAAAAGAAAAGGAAAAAAAAAAAGCCCCCACCUUCUUGAACUUUGGAGACAAUUUGGGACUCGCCAAAAAACCACAUGCACAAGUGGAAACGGCUAGCUGACUGUGAUAACACACGGGGACGAGCUCAAUAUGUUAUGUAAAGGCUAUAUUGUUUCUAAGAAAAGAAUCUCCUCGUUUGUUCCCGUGACAACGAGUGAAAGGACAAUUUUGAUGAAGAACAUGUUGAAAAUGGACACACACACACACACACACAGAAAACAAACACAAGUGUCUACUGUAGAUGCCUGACAUGAUCUCUUUGGUCUUUUUAAGAGUGAUUGGCAUCUAACUGGCCACUGCUUUGAGAACGUUCUCCCCCCAAUUUAGCAACUCAUUUCAGACAAAAGCAGCAUUCAACAGCUCCUCCCUAUGCAGCCCUAUGCAUAUCUAAAAUAAGAAAAAUUAAAAAAAUUCCACCUGACUUCCUCACCACACACGUUUGUCCGAAUGCACAAUUUGUACCCGCGGCCGCACUCGCAGGAGGACGCGCGACACAAAUUCAAUCGAUUGGGCGACUCAGUCAACGUGAAUGUAUCUGUCGUGAGUCUGUGACGCCGCUCGUUUCCAUGGUUUCCUCCUCUUUUCACAUUUCAAACACACGUUAGAAGUAGAACGGGUUAAAGGUCCAGUGUGUAACAUUUAGAUUGUUGGAAUAUCCCAAAACUGACGAAGUGUACCGUUGCAUAUUCGUAGCCUUAGAAUAAGCCAUUAUUAUCAUAUUCCCCUAUAGGUCAAAAGAAAAGCUUGUUUAAACCUGGAUUGUGUUUCUGCAGCAGCGAACCAGGUCUUGAAACUUACUCCGUAGUUUCAGGGCUUCAUAAUUCAGAAUGGAGAGACUGCAAUUUUGUGGUAAAGAUAGAAUGUGUGAAGAAAACUCAAAGAUCUUGCUCUUCAGAUAUGAAACUGUGGACAGACUCCACAAAAUAAAUAUAGAAUAUUUCAUUAUUCACCACUAAUGAAUCAUAGAAAUUGCCAUAUCCGGAGUUCCUUGAUGUGCAAAAGGUCACUUUUUCUUACACACUGGACCUUUAAAAGUGUUACCAGUGGGUGGGUGAUGUAGGCUGGUUUGUUGGGGGCGGGGUUUCUGCAGUGGAGUGAGACCCACAUGCACACAGAGACACAUAUGCACUUCCAGGAAACUGGAAUGAACAUUAUGAACAAAGCAUUUUUAUUUAUUUUUUGCCACAUUACACUUCAAGGUGUCUGUGAUCCACGAGUGAAUUCUAGACGAGCUCAAGUGCACACGAAUCAAAAAGGCAGCUUGGACUUAAAUAGAGUGUCGAGACACUGAUGAACCUGAUAGGAAACGGCGACAUCGACGUGUUCAUUGUUUGUUUGUUUGUUUUUUUAUAUAUAUAUAUUUUUUAUCUUUCUUUUUUUUACAGGAGUUUUAAUAGUUUGGAGGUGAAGUGAAGCACACAGCAAUCUGCUUCUUGGCAAAGAGGGGACACACACACACACACACACACACACAAAAUUGAUUUCACUCCGUGUACCAGAGGUGCUUUUCAAUUUUCGGGUAUGAACGCAGACCAACUCAAUCAUAUCUAGACAUGAUCUGUCUGCAGAGCUGGAAGUAGAUACUAAAUCAACGGCUGCCUCGCAUAAAUACUUUCUUCCGUAAUGUGCAAACAAGCCGGACUCCCUUUGAUAUUGAACGUCUAUAGGUGACUGGAAGAGGGAGGAACUGAGGUUUUAUCUUAAAAAAAACAACAAAAAAAAGACCAAAUAUCCUUCUUUAAUUCAUACACAUUACAGGCUAAUAAAAGAGGUUUAGACAUUUAACACCAUAGUGAAGACUUUUCUUCAUUUGAAUCUGUUUUUUUCUUCAAUAAUGGCAGCUCUAUGUGUGUGUUUCAGUAUUGCAUAUGUGCGGGGAUGCACAGCUCCUGUGUGUAUUUUAUUUUAUUUUUCCUCCCUAUUCUUCCUAUUUAUUUUGCUCUCACUGAGGAUGCUUGGACGGGAUUCGUUUUGAAAAUUUGCUCCUGCUCUUCUCGCGUCUUGACACGAACAGAAAUUGUUCACACGUGUGCGGCCGGGAGCUCGGUGGAGGGGGGAGGGGGCGGGGGGUAAAAAAAUGUGAUUUUUCCAAAAAUGUGAAUGUGUUUGUCUCACGUCGUCUCCGAGGACGCGGCUCUGUUUUUGUGUCAUCUUAAUGAAUGAUUGUCAAUUCUGCCGUGCCUGUGUGUUCUUCGUCUGUUUGUAUUUGCACUCUGAAUAGUUUUCUUUUUGGGGGUGGGGUGUGUGUGUG